CUGCUGUUGUGUGUCCGAUAAUCAUCACUUGUACAAGGCGGAGAGGUCUGUUUCGUCUGUUAGCGGUUGUGGUUUUGCAUUUUAAAUCCAUUUAAAAUGUUGCAAGAAUUUUGUCUACCCCAAGAAAUUUCUUAAUCAGUUAAAACUGUUAGUUUUUGAUGACCGCAACUAUCGGCUUGGCUUCGAUUCUACUUAGAAAGUUGGAAUCGUUGUUACGUUUGGUGAACUGAGAGGUUAAGUUGUCCCAAUCCACUCUCCAGACUUGUGAAAUUUUUAUGAUUUGGUCUCAUUUUACGAGUCAGCAUGCGCCAAUUAGUACGAACAGUGCUACAUCGGUAUGUCCGCAUACCAACGGCAAAUGUACUCAAUGUUGAAAGGCUGCUGCUGAACGAUGCUCUUCAACAAAGGGCCAUCGCUCCUACUCACUUACAUACAUGUUCCGUCAAUUUAGACAGUAAAAGGUCUAAUAAUAGUGGCUAUAGAUUAGACGAAGAUGAAGAAGAUGACAAUGAUGACGCAGCUAAAGCUGCAAAGUCAGCUCUGUCAACUCGGACAUACUUUGACUCUGAUAAAAGAAACAAAGAAACGUUUGAAGUUAUGUUAGAUAUUUACAAAAAAGAAAAUUUAAACAGAAAAGGAGUUGUGGAAUUUAUAUAUGCUGCCCUAAAACACAUGGAUGAUUACAAGGUUUCCUAUGAUCUUGAGGUCUAUAAGAAACUUAUUGAGUUAAUGCCAGAAGGGAAAUAUGUGCCUGAAAACUUUUAUUCAGAAGCAUUCUUUCACUAUCCAAAACAGCAAGAUUGUCUCAUAACAUUACUUGAUACGAUGGAACUGAAAGGUGUAUGUCCAGACAAGGAAAUGGUUGAUAUUAUCAAAAAAAGAUUUGGAGAGAGGGGUCAGCCUUUAAAGAAAGUAUGGCGACAAUUAUACUGGUUUCCUAAAUUUAAAAAUGCAAAUCCCUGGCCAGUGCCUUGGCCUCCAGUUUUUGAUCGAUUUACACUUGCAAAAUUAGCUGUAGAAAGAAUAGUUAGCGUAGAUCCUCAGUCUGUGGUAUCAGUGUACCAGACCAAAUCUGUUCCGGACUCCAUUGAUGAUACUUUCAUUGUCAGUGGACAAAGUCCAAAACAGCAAAAGUUACUGGCACAGCAUCCCACAACAAAAUCCAUCUACGUUGAGGGAUCUUUCCGCAUAUGGGUUGGGCGAGCCUCAAUUAACUACUUCAUCUUGAGAGCUGACCCAAAGGAAUUCAAAGAGGAACUUGUAGAUCCAGAUGAUGUGAGCAAUUUCCAUGUUCCUUUCCUAUAUGAGACGCCGAAGGCUGUCAUUGAAAAGCCAUCUGUCCAUGAACAGAGAGAUGGUACGAUACUGGCUGUUUGCGCCUCAGGCUCUUCAAGUCGUGAUUCUUUGCUUUCAUGGAUAAGAUUGUUGGAGACAAAUGGAAACCCCGCUUUAGCAGAAAUCCCAGUCAUAUUCUCACUCAAGGCCCCAGUAGGGGACAUUGUGGCCGCCAACCAGGAUGUUCCCCCGCAUAGUGAUGAAGAACCAGAGAAAGUGUCCAGCAACUGAUUAAAUUAUAUAGAUUCUAUGUACAAAGAAAAAAUAUUCUUAGGUGUAAAUAAAAUAUGAAAAUGUCAGUUACAA